AAAAGAACACCGUAGUAGUUUAAUUUUAGCGGAAACUGAAACAUCUGCCGUCUGAAUGUCUCCCAGUUGGACAGCCGAUCGUGGAGACCACAGAUAAUCAUUGAGCUUCAUUGGACCUUUAAACAAUGUUUUCUUUUCUUUUCUUCUUUAAAGGGCUUUUUAAAGUUAAUGCGAUUAGUUUCCUCUCAAUAUUCCUAUUUCUUCUUGUCUCUCCAUCUUCCUCUGCCGAAUUCUUCUCCUUCUCCGAGAUCUGCUUCACCCUUUUAUAUAUAUAUUUUUUUGGGGCUGCUUGGCGAUGACGAUGAUGAUGGUGGUGGUGAUGGUGACGAUGGUGAUGGAAAACAGAGGGAUCUAUGGUUCUGCCCCUCUCCUUCUAUUUUGGUGGUGAUUGAGGAUGGUGAUGGAGGUGGAGGUUGUGAUGAUGAUGAGAUGCAAGGAGAUGGUCUCUGGGUUCUCCCGAGAGAGAGAAAGAAAAAAAAAAGGGCCUGUGUUCUGGGUUCUGGGUUCUCCAGGAGAACCCAGAUCGGGUUCUCCGAGACUGGGUUCCUCUCGGAGAACCCAUCUGGGUUCCUCUCCGAAAACCCAUCUGGGUUCUCCAAUGGGUUCUUGAGAGAACCCAGACCUGGGUUCUCUCGAGAACCCGAACGAACAAAAAAAAGAAAAAAGAAAAAAGGAAAGGCUGGGUUCUCGGAGAACCCAAGGUUCUUCUCGGAGAACCCGUCUGGGUUCUCCAAUGGGUUGUCCAAAGAACCCAGACCUGGGUUCUCCGAGAAGUACCCAAGUUAGGGUUCUCGAGAGAACCCGGACGAAAAAAAGAAAAAAAAAGAAAAAAAAGGGAUAAAUCUGUAAUUUUACUUUUAAAAUUAUGUGGUUAAGUGGUGUGUGCACCCCGGGUGUUGAACCGGGGGUGCAUGAAUCGCGAUCCUAUUAUUUUACAUAAAAAAAUUAUAAAAAUAAAUUUUAUUU